GCACGUUUCUGCAUCGUAGUGAAGUUGUGACAACCAUUUCGUCAGCGCGUUUCUUGAGUAUGCAGAAAGUUAUUUUACAGAAUUGAUUUCUUGUUUCUCAGCAAAUAUAUUUAUGUACAACAAAAGCCACAUUUAUUCCAUUUGACAAUAAAUACAUAAAAUACAUUUUCAAAUUCAGAAGAGAUUCAAGAAAUUCUAAUUCACCUUUGGUCAAGAAAAUUAUCAAUAAAACAUGUCCUUUAAUGACUUGAGAGUGGAACGUGUCGAGGGUGAGCUAGAAGAUGCAUUACUUAAAUUGUAUCCGACUAUGACAAAUGGUUUCGUUAAGAUUGGUGAGAAGAAAUGGCAUCUACCAUACAAAUUUGUAGAAAUUAGCAAUAAGGUAUACAAUUUCAAAGUUUAUCAGGAUGAUACGUGGAUUGUUACAUAUCCUAGAUCUGGUACAACUGUGACGCAGGAACUCAUAUGGUUGGUAGCAAAUGAUAUGAAUUUCGAAGAAGCGCAUCUGAGACCUUUAAGGGACAGAUUUCCUUUUACACAUGCUAUUGCAACAGAUGGGGAUUUAUCAUGCAGCUCCAACAAUCAUGAAGUGAAAUUGGAUUUCAUACAAAAUCAAGCCUCGCCGCGUUUCAUCAAGACUCAUAUGCCUUUCGAUCUAUUGCCGACAGUAGUAAAUAGCGAUUGUAAGAUUGUCUAUGUCGCAAGAAAUCCAAGAGACAUGGUAAUCUCAUUGUUCAAUUUCCACAAGAAUUUGACACUUUAUAACUAUCAGGGGACUUUCGAACAAUUCUGUGAUCUAUUCCUAAAUAAUCACAUGACUUGGAGUCCGUAUUGGGAACAUGUGAAAGAAGCUUGGGCAAUGACCAAACACAGAACAAACUUAUUAUUUCUCUUCUACGAAGAUUUGAUAAAAGAUUUACCUGAAACCAUUAAGAAGGUCGCCGCAUUUUUCGGCAAAGUAUACAACGAUGAGCAGAUCGCCAAAUUAGUGAAGCAUUUGAAAAUAGAGAAUUUUCAGAAAAAUCCUAUGGUGACUGAGGAUAUCUCUAUGAUAAAACCAGAAGAAUUCAUUCGAAAAGGAAAGAUCGGUAGCUGGAAAAAACUUUUUACCAUAGAAAUUGAGGAGAAAUUCAACAAGUGGAUCACUGAUAAUUUGAAAGAUACGGAUCUGACGUUUCCUGUUUAAUAAAGUCAAAAUAAAAAAAGUAUAAGUAAAGAAAAAGUUUACUCAAUACAUUAUACUUGUUGCAUUUUAUCAAACACAAACAAUAAGUUAGCAACAUAAUAUCACGCGUUUAUUAAUUAAUUCGUUACUUAAAUAUGAAGUAAAAUAUUUAACUUCAGUUUAAGGAGUUUCCAGCGUUUGACGAAAUAUAAGACAAACCUAUAAUACAUACAUGAUACGAAAGUGAAUUAUAUUCAGAGAAAAUUUUAUUGAUUUUUACCGUUUUUUUUUUUUAAGAUAUUUAAUUCUAAAUGUACAGUAUUUUAUAUGACAAAUAUACGCAUAACCUUAUUUCGUAGAUAUUUUCUCUUAAUUUAAAAUGUUUGCAUAUAUGACAAAAAUUUUAAAAUUGUUAUACUUACAAAGUAAACAUUUAUAAGUUCGUUUUAGUAAAGUUUCAUUUUGAUCGUAGAGUUUGAGAAAAAUUUCUAUUUUUUGAUGAUGAAAAACAAGAAUAUUUGUCAAAUAGAUAAGGUAUGUAUAUGAUGUGGCAACAUCAAACGACAUAUAUUUGAUGCAAUAAUAAAAAAUAUAACAAAUUUAUAAUAAAAAA